AAGUAGUAAAUAGUAAAAUUUUUACAAAGAUUUUUUUCCUUAAGCGGAGUCGAGAAUACAUUUUCGACUCGGAUGUCUUCUUCAAGUUUUGGAUUAAUCCUUGCAGGCUGAUGUCGAAAUCAAUGUAAAUCUUGUGGAAUUUGUCCCUAACAUUGCUAAGAAAAAGAGUCUCUGUGAAAAUCAUGAUAUUUACAUGAUUUUCGUUAAUAUUUUAUUCGCAUGAUAAUGAGGGGACAUCAGUGCCUGCUUUGAUCUUUUUCUCGACAUGCAUUCGACAGCGACAGACUGAUACUCUCUCGAGUACAGGAGUAAGACAAUUGAACAAUCCUAGGACAGACGCCACAUGAGAUGCCAGAAGACGCAAAGCUACGCUGCACGGCGGUGCGCGCGGAAGAAAUUUAGCGGUGAAUACAAGGAGUACGAGAAAAACAGGAAGCCAGAGUGGGCGGAGCAAUAGCGGACAUGCGCACUCGUGCUUUUCUGGCACUUAGACGGUCGAGCGAGCGUUCUGCAGUCUUGCGGAGAAGCGAGCGAAGUAACUGGUGUGCGUGUCCUCCUCGGUGGUUCUCGGUGUUAGCUGUUAGCUCUCACUGCCGGAGUCUAUCAGUUACGGUCAUACGUAGGAAAUGGAGCUCGAACAGGCCGUUCCGCGGCCAAAUUCCGAGACGGAAAAGCGGGCUAAGGAGAACAGCAGUGCAGCCGGGAAUCAUGGAGAUGCUCACAUGAAUGGCAUGUCCAAUGGGUUCGAUAGAAGGAAGGAGCACAGAUCAGAGCAUAGGGACAAGGAAAAGGAACGCUCCCAUAAGUCUGAACAUAAAGAGAAAGACAGGAGUAAAGACAAGGAAAAGAGUCAUAAGAGUGAGCACCGCGACAAGGACCGGCAUAAACACAGUUCUACCUCCAAUUCCACCAAGGAUAAGGAUAAGCAUGGUAGCAGCAGCAGUAGCAAAGAUAAGGAGAAAAAGAGUAGCGGUUCAUCCAGCAAAGAUAGAGAUCAUAAGAGCUCCAGUAGCUCAUCGGGAAAAGAUAGGGAUAAAGAUAAAAUCAAGGAUCGAGAUCAUCAUCACAAGUCAAGCUCCAGUUCAAAGGAUAAGGAUAAGCAUCAUAGCAGCUCCAAAGACAAAGAGAGCUCUGGUAAGGACAAAGAGCGAAGCAAAGAGAAAGAAAAGCAUAAACACAGUUCUUCGAGCUCAAGCUCGCGCGACAAGGAAAAGGACAAGAGCAUAUCGAAGGAUAAAGACAAGGAUCGUAAACACCCAUCUGAAAAGGACAAAGACAGACACAGCUUGUCUCAUUCCUCUUCUGACAAGGAGAAGCAUCGAUCGUCGGAAAAGGAUAAGCAUGGCUCCUCUGAUAAAGAUAAACAUCGGCACGAUAAGGACAGGGAUCGUCAUCGACACGAUAAAGAAAAAUCAAGGCAUCGCGAUGAUAAGGAUAGAAAGGACAAAAUGAAAGAGGAACCGCGGAUAAAGGACGAACCAGAAAUUAAGACUGAUCCUGAGAGACAGGAAUUUGAACAUAACGAAGGAUUCAAACGUGAAUUCAAGGAGGAUCCCGAGGACGAGGAUGAUAGUGGAGGUGAGCAGCCUCUUUACAUUAAGGAGGAGGAAGACGAGGAAGAGGGCCCAUCUCAGGAAGUCGAAGAUGCUAGUUUGGAUUCAACCGAUCUUAAUGAUACGCGUCUCUCCGAGCUUCACAAUACCACGCUCAAAUCAGAGAAAGACUCAGACGAGGACAUGCCGUUGUACGCGAGAACAUCUAUGUCGUCGCCGACAAUCAAGAGGAAAGUCGAGUCGACAGAUGAGGAAGAAGAUUUACCUUUGUCAUCGCGCAAGAAACCCAAGAAGGAAAAUAUGAAGAAGAAGAAGAAGCGGAAGCAUGCCGAUGACGAGGAUGUAGAAUAUGAGGAGGAGGAGGAAGAAAAGCCCAAGAAGAAAAGUUCGAAGGGCGUCAAAACAGAGAACACUCCAAGCCCCAGAAAAAAGAAGAAGGAAGAAGAAGCACAAGAUGUUUGGAAAUGGUGGGAAGAGGAGAAAAAGAACGAUGGUACGAAGUGGAAUUUUUUGGAGCACAAGGGCCCCGUCUUCGCGCCGGCUUACGAGCCUCUACCACCCGACGUUAAGUUCCAUUACAACGGCAAAGAAAUUAAGUUGAGCGAGGAGGCGGAAGAGGUGGCAACAUUCUACGCGCGCAUGUUGGAUCACGAUUACACCACGAAAAAAGUGUUCAACGACAACUUCUUUCAUGAUUGGCGCGAAGUCAUGUCCGAUUCCGAACGAGCAAAAAUCGUGGAUCUCAGUAAGUGUAAUUUUAAGGAAAUGCACGCGUAUUUCGUGCAAAAGAACGAGGAGCGCAAGGCCAUGUCGAAGGAGGAUAAAAAGAAGAUAAAGGAACAAAAUGAACAGAUACAGAAGGAAUACGGGUUUUGCACCAUUGACGGACACAAGGAAAAAAUUGGUAACUUCAAGAUUGAACCACCAGGCUUGUUUCGAGGACGUGGCGAGCAUCCAAAAAUGGGAAAAUUGAAGAAAAGGGUCAUACCUGAAGAUGUGCUCAUCAAUUGUUCUAAGGAUUCAAAGAUACCGAAGCCACCGACGGGACACAAGUGGAAAGAAAUCAGGCAUGAUCCCAAUGUGACUUGGUUGGCAUCGUGGACGGAAAAUAUUCAAGGCCAAGUCAAGUAUGUCAUGUUAAAUCCCUCGAGUAAGUUGAAAGGAGAGAAAGACUGGCAAAAAUACGAAACGGCCCGAAAGCUGGCGAAAUCGAUCGACAAAAUUCGUGCCGAGUAUCGGGAAGACUGGAGAAGCAAGGAGAUGCGAAUAAGACAAAGAGCGGUUGCGUUGUAUUUCAUUGAUAAAUUGGCUCUCAGGGCUGGAAAUGAGAAGGACGAAGACCAGGCAGACACAGUGGGCUGUUGUUCGUUGCGAGUGGAGCACAUAUCUUUACACGAGCAGAAAGACGGAAGGGAGUACGUGGUCGUAUUCGAUUUCCUUGGUAAAGAUUCAAUCAGAUACUACAAUGAAGUGCCUGUUGAGAAGCGCGUUUACAAGAAUCUUCAACUAUUCAUGGAGAAUAAAUCGCCAAGCGACGAUCUCUUCGAUCGAUUGAAUACAACUGUCAUGAACAAACAUCUUAACGAGCUAAUGGAGGGACUUACUGCCAAAGUCUUCAGGACGUACAACGCGUCAUGGACCCUUCAACAGCAGUUGGAGAAGCUAACGAAUGCCGACGACACAGUUGCAGAAAAGAUUCUCUCGUACAAUCGAGCGAAUAGGGCUGUCGCCAUACUGUGUAAUCAUCAACGUUCAGUGCCAAAGACACAUGCGAAGUCUAUGGAGAAUUUAAAGGCUAAGAUCGAUGCCCGAAAGGAAGCUGUUGCCGAGGCCGAGAUGCAAGUGAAGGAUGCUAAGCGCGAUGCCAAGCACGGAUCGGUUAAAGAGAAAUUGCUGUACGAGAAGAAGAAGAAGCAACUGGAUCGACUGAAGGAGCAAUUAACCAAGCUUGAAGUUCAGGCCACUGACAAGGAGGAGAACAAGGAAAUUGCCCUGGGAACAUCCAAGCUGAAUUACCUCGAUCCGCGUAUCUCCGUUGCAUGGUGCAAGAAGUACGAUGUGCCGAUUGAGAAGAUAUACAACAAGACCCAGCGAGACAAAUUUAGGUGGGCGAUAGACAUGGCGGGACCCGACUACGUAUUUUAACCCCCCCGAACGUAAUUCUUUUUGUUACAUUACCUUGAUCCACCCGUCUCUCAUCUCUCCGCCGAUUAGUGAAUUUUACUUUUAACACAGAGAGAGUCGCGACAGGAGACUGUUUUUCUCCCCUUUCUUCUUAAUUUUUUUUUCCUUUUUCUUUUCCUUUUACACCCGAGCUCGGGACUCAUUGAUGGUAACAAAGGAAGAAACAUAAAGAAAAGAGAGGAGGAAGAAACUAAAGUGUGUACGUAUUUUAAACUGACAGGCGGUGUGUACUGACUUUCCGUUCAAGAGACUUUAUAUCGAAUGUAAUUAGUAUUUCCAAUCGUGAAUAAUUCAUUAGGCAAUCGUGUUGCACAGAAAUUCCAGUGAUGGAUUCUUCCGCGCAGGGCACAAUAGAAAAAUGAAAUUGGCCGGCACGGAUAUUCAGGUUAGAUUUGACAAUUUUUAAGUAAUAAGUAACGGGAUGAAACCUUAAUCAGAUUAGAUAGAGAAUCCUCAUGAGUGUGAAUUGUAUGAGAAUAGCGUUGUAAAUAGAAAAAUUGAAGGUGAGACUCAUUUGCUCUGCCUUGCGUAGAGGCUCGCCGACCCUGUCGAUAAGUCAUGGCGUACCGAGACGAUCGUUCGUUCGAUGUAUACAGACUCCGCGUGCUUUAACUUAUUUAAUUUAAUUGGAUAUUGUGACUUAAUGACAUAUGGACGUGAAUAAUUGCCACGUGUUUAGGGUAUCCAACGGGGCUGUUACAUUUCGAUGGGUAAUUUUCCCUUCCUUUGUCUCGGUAAUACCUGGCCUUCAAACGUUAAAGAAUUACGGGGUUAUCCAAAGAUAACUCCUCGAAGAAACAGGCUACCACUCGUUGCGAUUUCAAUCUUAUAGGAAUCUAAUUUUAGAUUAAACUCACGUGAAUGGAGAUAUGUGCUUUUAAUCGUCCGUCGUGUAAGUACGUCACUCGCAAACGCACGUUACUAGCAAUUAUGUCAAUGAUGCGUUUCCGCAAGGAUCAGUGUGUCCGAGGGAUACAUACAAUGAAAAGUUGUAAUAAAUAUUGGUUGGUACGUCUCAUCGUAAUCACGUUACUCUCUUUCGUUAUUGCAUGAUAUCGUGAAAUGAUGAAUGACACGGCGGGAUACUCCGAUGUUUUUUUUUCGCGUUGGCAAAAUUUUAAGCCACGAUGUCAUUUUACAUGGCGCGCAUUCGGAUAAUUCUUGCAGACGAUGCGGAAGCUCUUAUCACCGAUGGCGCUACCGUAUGUCGUCGCUUAUUUCACUUUUCACUUUCUGUGCAAGAAAUUUAUAGAAAUAAUUUGACCGCGUGGGUCGUUUCGUAGCCAUGGAAGCACAGCGGCAGAGUAAUGUGUUCAUCCUGAAAUUGUGUGCUACGCGUGACAGGAGUAUCCUGCGUUGAUAUUCAGAGUCCAGCUAUCGACAGUAUAUUUAACCUCGGAAUGACAAUUAUUCUGAUACACUUAUAUCGUAUGCACAUAGGUAUAAAAAAUACAUUUACACGGAUAAUUAUAUAUAAAUAUAUAUUUAAUAAAAAGAGGGAGCGAUGCUAAAGUUAAAAUUAAUCUAUAACAAUAAAAUGGAACGGUGGUUCUCGAUGUAUCAUUGACAAGUGUGCGGAAAAUGGAAGAAAUUCAUCUGGGGGUGGAGAUGGUUAUUCUCAAACAAGCUACGUGAUAGUACACACAGUAAUGUAACGUAACGUAGCGUGCGUGCGUCUGUUUCUACAUGUUUUAAUGGUCGCUAAUACAUGUUAACUUUGAGAAAACAGUAAGAAAAAACAAUAAAUUGCAUUAAUGGCACGAAAAUCACUGUUCCGCUCGACUGCCAAUUCGUAGAUGAUUCAUCUAACAGUUAAUCCGCCUGGCAAACUUUAGCAGGUCGGUUUCUCAAACUUAUAUGUGUAUCACCUAGGUAUUUUAGAUUUUUAUUAAAAACAAAAAAAAAAGUCUUAAGGAAGCAUUUACAUCGGCCAGACAUUCAAUGUCUCGCAUAUGAAAUUUUCUGUACCUUAAGUGUAUUUCGUUAGAGUGCACGGCAAACGGUGUUUGAAAUAAUUAUUAUCUGAUGUAUUAUUGUGUGGCGGUAUUAUCAAGAUAUAGUUAAGCGCAAGAAUUGAAACGAAUAUACGUGGAAUACGAAGAGACGAGUAGGAGAAGAAGAAGAAGAAGUGAAGAAGGAAGCCGUGCACGUUCAGCGACCGUACAAGAACAGUGUCAAGAAACGACGAUAUCUCUAGAUGUUCACGAACAUUAUAAUUCUAUUAGUGGUUAGAAUAUUAGUUGUUGGGCAAAUCAGAGAGAAAACUGUGAUGCGCAGCGCAGAGUUUGUUCGUCAUAGCCGAACGGCUGACGGUGCGAUGCGUUUAUGUAGUUCCAACGCGCAACGAGCAACGAAUUCUGAGCCGGCUGUCGUGUGUGUUUAUAUUAGGGUCGUUCAAAAGAAAAGUUACGACCAAUAAAGCCAUAAGGCAGCACCAGCAGCAGCAGCAGUAGAGUUUAGUUCAGAUUAGUCGUGAACUGCAGCGGUAGAUUUGUAAAAGCAAUGUUGAAUUGAGCGUCGUACGACGCAGAGCUCCGGCCUUCCGUUAUUAUUUUGCGUGUACACCUGACGUUUAAACGUUUUUAACAAUUUGCAAUUAUUUGUCUUAUCGCGUACGGACUAUCUCGUUCGCCGGUGCACAAACUGUGCCUGCACAAAACUUCUCGAAAUGCGUGUGUUUUUUGGGGACAAUGUCGUUUGUGUACAGUACAGGAAUAAGAAUAAAACAAAAGAAAUACUUAGUACAGAA